AUGAACACGUCAAAACCUUUCUCACUCGUUAUUUACUCGGAAAGCAACCGGAUCUUGAGGGUCUCAGUUGGUGCUUUUACGGAUAUCAAGGAAUGGGACAUCGCCCUCGCGAGAGCAACCAGAAAGGGACCGUGCUUUGGUAACUCGGACGAGGAGAACGAUGCUCGAGAAGUGACAAUCUUGGAUCGAGAUGAGGCGUCGUGUCUGCAAAAUAACAAUAAACCAAGCGAUGGGAAGUUGUGUCUUUUGCCGGAGGAGGAGGUAGCUACCGCUGACGAUCCUGACCAUGAUGAAGAUCAUCAUUGCCAACCAACUGGAAAUAGGCCCAAUUUCUAG